AUGGGCGGGGCGUUCUUUCUCACUUCUGCUUCGCCCAGUCUCGAAGGCCGGCCGCUUACCAGCCUCGCCCCAAAGCCGGCGCGCGUCCCCAAACGAAUCGCCCGCUGCGAAGCAGACAAGGGGCCGAAAGUGCCCGGCAAGCGAACCAUGGAAGUGUGCCGUCUGUCAACGUUGGGGGAAAAGCCCCGCGGGCCGGACUUCAGAACGCGGGGCGAAGAAACUGACGGCCCAGGCUCAGACCAAACGCCGGGGAGGGGGUGGGAGGGGGCUACCCUCAGGAACGCGCGGCCCCUGAAAGGCGGGAAGCCGCGCGCGGGAAAGGGGCGCCUCAGAGAAAGGGCGGCCGCGGCGCCUUCGCCUCAGCGGGGCCUCAGACAGAAGGGGUCGCCCGAAGAGCCCCGCUCCCAUCGUCCGGAAGAAAGGAAGGGCGGCUGCGGCCAGGGCAUCGUGGUUGGGACGGCCCGUGAGGGAAGCAGUGCGAGCGGCAGCGGUUGGGCGCCCGGCCGCCGGAACCAGGGGCGACUCGCGCCGGGCUGCCGGGCCGGCCUCCCCGCUGCGCCAGAGGAAGAGCAGCCGUUGCCGGGCGCGGCCGUUAACCGGCGCCUUCCGCGGCGUUCUGAGGCGUUUAUGGCGAGCCUGCCCGAGGGGUUCUGCGCCCUCCCCGGGCUUGCCCGCGCCUGCGGUAGAGCUCGGUCGGAAAAGGGGAAGAAAGAGGUAGAGCUCGUUUUAGGAGCCCGUGAACAAGAAGAGCCCCACGUUGAAUCCUCCAGCGUCUUCAAAGUUGAGCAACAGCAAUUAGCAAGAAGUGUUUCAGCAGAGGGGCAAGCAGAGUUGGUGAGAGAAGAAAGAGCUAUUUGCCAAGAGUCUGAAUGGGUGUGCUCUGCCCCAUUUGAUCUUCACUCAAGUUGAAUCACCAGCUGCUUCGACAGCAACAUCUGUCAUACCCACAUAGGACCAGAAACAGGAAGACAAUAGCUGCGAUGAAAGUGAGAACUGCAACUACUCCAACCGUCAUUUCAAAAAGGCCUGUCCAGUUGAGGUUAUCUGCAUUCACCUGGCUUUUUGUCUGCAAGAAGGUUGCAACCGGAGAUCUGUAGGCUCAGGUGAAAAUACAAGCUUGAAUGUUAUGUCUCGUGUCUCAACCUGUUCAAACAUACUGAGUGCUUUAAAAAGAAUUACCACGGCUGAAUCUUUA